CGGAAGUUCCUUCCCGGAAAGAGGUGCUGGGACGGUUGCCACCGCUUGAAGGGUUGUUAUGGCGUCAAGGUUAUUCCGCGUCUGUGGGGCCCUGCGGGCCCUCCGUGCGGGCCCGGCUGUCCUGGGGAGGGGGCCGGGGCCUCUGGCGGGGUCGUCUCGCCCUGCGAGCUCUGGAGGUAUGCCUACUGAUGAAGAACAGGCCACAGGAAUGGAGAGGAAAGUUCUGGACGCUAUAAAGCAAGGAGUGGAUCCUUAUGGAAUCAAUCCAUCCAAACCAUACGGGGGAACAAAAGACGAUCCCCACCUUGUUCCCUCCUUGACAGACGUGAGGCUCGUAGGCUGUAUCUGUGAGGAAGAUGCCACUGAAACAUACUACAUUUGGCUCCACAAGGGAAAAAUUGAGCGCUGUCCUUCGUGCGGGGCCCAUUUCAAACUGGUUCCCUACGAGUUGCCAUGACGGGCUGCAGAAUCUUCUGAAUUGUUUUUUGAGACGCAUGCUUGAGCCGAAAAUCUGAAUAGGUUGUGAGAUCCUGUGUUUUUUGCAACUUAAUAAAAGUCUUUUGACCCGUA